UAGGGGCGGGUUCCCGAUUUUUUUUUAUGACAGUACAUAAGCAGGUAGAAUGAACAGUUUUAGGUCAAUGUUUCGGUGGGUUCAUUGAGAAAUAAUAAGAACUGGUAGGUUACCGGGAGUUUAGUGCAUAUUAUCCUGCAUGUGAAUUGAUGGUAAAUCGGGGCAUUAGUUGGGAUAUGUCAGGCAGUCGUCGAAUGAGGUAUCAUCUGAUGCCUACAGUAAAAUAGCGCACGUUAUAGGCUAAAGCUAGUAUACCAAUAUAAUUGUGUUUAAUAAGGGAAUUGAGUUGUCCAGUUGUCUGUAGCCUAUUUGGUUUAGACAUUUUACUCGUGCGCCUAUUAUAUAUUUCCUGCUAUAGGCUUUGUUCAUAAUAUUCAGUAUUAUCCUACUGAUUUAUUAUAUUAUAAAGGUUCUCGUCACAUUUAGCCUAUUGAUUAAGCUGAAACUUCGACUGUUAUCUGUUAGUAAGUGGCAUAGUAGCCCAUGACUUAAUUGAAAUUGUUGGUGAGAGUCAAGACUAUUACACUUUUACAAUGGGAGUGGGGUCCGAAAAGACAUCAUCCACCACCAAGGGAGUCUACAAAGAGGAGACUGAUAUUGCUUUGAAAGCACCUUUAAACGUGAAUGCUAUGUUAUCAAAGAAAGUGGGGCACGCGACAGCAGAAAGAGCCACCUGGGGUCGCCGCCUUGAGUUCGUCCUCGCGUCAGUGGGGUACGCGGUGGGACUUGGGAACGUGUGGCGCUUUCCAUACCUCUGCUACAGGAGCGGUGGAGGUGCCUUUCUCAUUCCUUACUUUCUCAUGCUGUUUCUGUGUGGCAUCCCCCUUCUCUUCAUGGAGUUUGCUAUUGGGCAGUACACCCGUCUGGGACCGGUGCAUGCUCUAGCCACAAUCUGCCCCUUGUUCAAAGGUGUGGGCAUUGCAACAGUCGUGAUCUCCUUUGUGCUCUGCACCUACUACAACGUUCUUAUGAGCUGGGCACUCUACUACUUCUUCAACUCAUUCCGAGCCAUCUUCCCCUGGCAGUCCUGCAACAACACCUGGAAUGCCGUGGGUAACUGCUCCAGCGGUUUCCCUGGAAACGCCACCCACCUGCAAUCAGCCAGUCAGCAGUACUUUGAUCACAGGGUUCUGGAGAUAACCAAUGGUAUUGAGGAUGCAGGAGGACUACGCUGGGAGCUGUUUGGCAUCCUCAUCCUGGCCUGGGUCAUAGUCUACUUGUGCAUCUUCAAAGGCGUCAAAUCAACUGGCAAGGUUGUUUAUUUCACAGCCACGUUCCCAUACUUUAUUCUGUUCGCCUUGCUCAUCAACAAUGUCCAGCUUCCCGGGGCCAAGGAUGGGAUGCUCUACUUCCUGAAGCCUAAGUGGAGCAAGCUGCUUGAAGUUCAGGUGUGGGUUAACGCUGCAGCCCAGGUAUUCAACUCCAUUGGAAUUGGAUUUGGCUCCAUGAUCUCCAUGGCCAGUUACAACAAGUUCAACAAUAACAUCCUUAGGGACACAUUGAUUGUCUCUUUAGCUAACUCGGCCACCAGUAUCCUGGCUGGCUUUGUGAUAUUCUCAGCAAUCGGCUACAUGGCUCAUGUCCACAACCUCCCAGUGGACAACAUCGCCACAGAUGGUCCUGGCUUGGUGUUUGUGGUGUAUCCAGAGGUCUUCUCCACUAUGCCUCUGCCACAGUUGUGGGCUCCUCUGUUCUUCUUCAUGCUUCUGUGCCUGGGACUGGACAGCCAGUUUGCCAUGGUGGAGGUGGCGGUGACGUCCAUAAUAGAUGGCUUCGGCCCUAAGGUGCUGCGUGUCCUGAAGAGACAGGAGGUCAUCGUUCUGGCCGUCUGUGUUAUGGGCUUCCUUCUAGGCAUUCCUCACAUCACUAAGGGGGGCAUGUAUGUGUUCCAGCUGAUGGACCACUACACUGCUGUGGUGUCGCUCAUGUUCCUGUCCUUCUUUGAAGUCAUCGCUGUCUGCUGGGUUUUCGGACUGCGUCGGAUGACCAUCAUGAUCAAGAGAAUGUUGGGAAAGGCUCCCAACAUCUAUUUCCGCUCCUGCUGGAUGGUCUUCUCCCCUGUGCUGGUCCUGUGCAUUCUGAUCUCCAGCAUCAUCCAGUACACGCCAGCUCGCUAUGGGAAGUCAUACACAUACCCUGUCUGGGCAGAGGUGGUGGGCUGGGGAAUCUCCCUGGUCUCCAUCGUGUGGAUCCCACUGGGAGCCCUGCAAGAGAUCUGCAGAAAUAAGGGCUCACUGCUGCAGAGAGUAAAAACAGCUGUGACUCCUACAAUAGAGUUGGAUCCUGUCAACCCUCUGCCAGAGGAGCAGAGCGAAGACACACCAGAGUCUGUUUUCUUGUCUAUCAUCACUCCUCUGUAACCACAGCCAGUAUGUCUAAGUGCUUGCGUGUGUGAGUCAGUGUGACUGUGAGUGCUCUAUUGGUAUGGGGAGGUGUGGGUUGUUAGGUAGUUUACAGUUUAUGUAAAUAGCAUAUUUACGUGUUUUACCCUUGUCCCUCUGGUAAUCUCUUCAACCAACACCUCUCCCCAUGGACAUAACAUAUUUUGUCUCCCAAUUUGAUUUUGAAUUCCAUGACCUCAAUGGUCCAGAUAGAUCUUUGGCUGAGUAAUUCUUUGAACCAACAUUGCUAUCUUGUGCCUGUUUCAAAGUUUUUAUUCACACCGUGAGGUUCAUUUGAGGCUCAUGUGAAUAGUGAACUCAGCAAUUGACUGAACAAACACUAGGCUGGUCUAAUAUAGGAACAUGCAUAUGAUAUUUAUUCCUCUCCUAGAAAGAUAAUAUGCAAUUAGAUGUAUGGCGGUUAUAUGGUGUGCCUUUUACUGAUAACUGUAAGGAGGGGAACCACUGCAGUGUUGCCAUGACCAGUAGUGUAAAGUACUUAAGUAAAAAUACUUAUGGUGUUUUUUGGG